AUGCACUUCCAAUCGCGCGUAUCCACAACCACCGUUCACGAACUUCUCUUCGCCGACGACUGCGCCCUGAACACCACCUCGGAAGAGGAGAUGCAACGCAGCAUGGAUCUAUUCUCCGUCGCCUGCGAGAACUUCGGUCUGGUCAUCAGCACACAGAAGACGGUGGUCAUGUAUCAACCGCCACCCAACACCGCCACUCCCCCAAACGCGCUGCCGCAAAUCAGAGUGAACGGAACCCAACCGAAAGUGGCGGAGAACUUCCCGUACCUGGGCAGCACCCUCUCCCGCAACACCAACAUCGACGACGAAGUCACCAACAGGAUGUCGAAAGCCAGUCAAGACUUCGGCCGCCUCCAAAGCACAGUUUGGAAUCGCCACGGUCUCCAACUGAACACGAAGCUGAAGAUGUACAAGGCCGUCAUCCUGUCGACGACACUGCAUGGAGCGGAGACUUGGACGGUGUACACGAGGCAGGCACGCCGACUGAACCAUUUCCACCUCAGUUGUCUCCGCCGCAUCCUGAGGCUGAACUUGCAGAAUCGAAUCCCCGACACGGAAGUACUAGAACGAACGGGAAUCCUCAGCAACUACGCCAUACUGAGACAAAUGCAGCUGCGCUGGAGCGGCCAUGUGGUGCGCAUGGACGACGAGCGACUACCCAAACGACUCUUCUACGGAAAAGUUUCGACGGGUUCUCGCCGUCAAGGAAGCCAAAUUCGUCGAUAA